CAGUGCUGGUAACAUCUGAAUUUUAGCGGUGAAAUUUAGUGACACUACUAAAUGUAUGAUAAGUACACACAUAUGUGCGUGUAUAUGUGUUAGUGGGCAUAAGCACAAGCGUGCGCUUGACGACGCAUUGUGGGCUGUACGGACACGCGCGGCGUUUUUAAGGAGCAAAUUUUUGAAGUGAUAAUAUUUCGCUUAAAUGCUUUUCAACGAAGGAAGCAUAGAAUAUUUGUAUGGUCACAGCCUAUAGUAAUGUAGUAAAUACAAAUACCUAUCUGAAAAUGUGUGCAACAAAGAGCUAAUCAAAAGCAUUCAAGCGUGUGACAUGUGAAUACUUGUGCUUUUCAGCUCAAAUAUUACAAGAAAAAGUAAUUAAAAAUCGAAGAAAAAAAAAUUACGAGAAACAUUCCGACCAAGCACCAUAAAAAGUGUACAAAAUUUACCAAAAUGAUUACUAAGCAAUUUUGAUGUCUACAAAGGAACCACAAAAAACAAAACCAAAAACAAAAUGUGUGCGAAGAUUUAUUGAAAAACAAAAAACCAAAAACAACUCGCCACCCAGCGCCCACAAUCGCAUCAAUUAUUGCACCUAACUCAAAACUCCAACCCUCUCCACGUCACCGUCCCAGCCGGCGAUGCUUUUGGAGUUUCUCGAAUAUGCCACAAGACUGCUGAAAAACAAUAUGACAACAAUUAUACUUGCUACAACAACAGCAACAGCAACUGCAACAAAAACUACCACUAUCGCCUCAACCAUUUCUAACGCCAUCUCCUCCACCACCACCUCGUCACAUCCCACACACGUCGACAUGUUGCCCGAACGUCCUGCCACUACGUAUCCAGCACUUGAGACAUUUAACUCUACACUUAAGACGCUCUUCAAUAAAACGCUGGCCAAUGUGACGCAGGCUAAUUUAAGCGAUUACACCAUACCGUACACAUUACUGCCAUCCAUGGGCAAUGGCACCAUUGACGCCAGCGUGGCAGGGAAUGCAGUGGAGAGUGGUGGCGCAACAACGGCGAUGUCUGCUUUGCCAACACUGCACGCGACCCGAUAUGCCAUGGAGGCGACUACAUCAUUGCCCGCACAGACGGUGGCCACUUUCAUUGCGGCGGGUCAUAAAAAUCGCGCCACAAUAAUUGUUUAUCCCACAGUUUCGCCCGAAUCCAUUGUGAUACCCAUCGUUUCGUGCAUUUUCGGUUUCCCCAUACUGGCAUUGCUCGUCAUCUGUUGUUUGCGACGUCGAGCGAAAUUGGCACGUGAGCGCGAUCGUCGCCGGAAUUACGAUAUGCAGGACCACGCUGUGAGCCUGGUCAGAUUUAGUCCCAUACAUAGGCUUAAUUACCGACCGUCGCGAGCUAUCAGUUUACGUCCUGAACGAAGCCUGAGUCAGGGUUUUACCUCCCUCGAACUCGAUACCGUGGUGGAAGAGCGUUGCAGCGACGUGGAACAAACCCAAACGGAGAUCCUUAAUGCCGAAUCGCCCAUGGAGACGACCUCCUCCUAUAAGAUGUCCUUCUCAAGCUAACAAUUAGCAGAACAACAAAAAGUGCAACAGCAACAGCAGCAGCAGCAACAACAACAAAAGCAACUACUACAAAUCUCACCAACAGCAGCAGCAACGCAA